AUGGCGGAUAUCCGCAGAUUCUUCGCCCCUGAGGGCGCCAGCCAGCCAAAGGAUCCAAGCAGCAGCAGCAGCAGCAACGGCAGCAGCAGCAGCAGCAAGAACAGCGGCAGCAGCAGCAGCAGCAAACCCGUUGCUGCAGCUGGCCCCAAGAAAGCCAAAGCAGUAGCAGCACAACCAAAGGAAAAGAAGACAGCAGCAGCAGCAGCAACAGCAGCAGCAGCAGCAGCAAAAAAGACAGCACGUGGUGGCACUAAAGCCCCCCAAAAGCGCAGCCGCGGAAAGCCGGCACGCAGCAGCAGCAGCAGCAGCAGCAGCAGCAGCAGCGGUGAAGAAAGUGAGGCCAGCGAUGACCCAUCCAGCAGCAGCAGCAGCAGCAGCAGCGAGAGCAGCAGCGAGGAGAAGACAUUUAGCCCCCCCAAGCCCUCGAAACCCCUCAGGACGGGCCGUUUGCGGCGCGUGGUGCUCUCGGAGAGCGAUGACGAGUGCAAGGAAGUGGAGGGUGCCAAGAGCAGCAGCAGCAACAGCAGCAGCAACAGCAGCAGCAACAGCAGCAGCAAGCAGCAGCAGCAGCAGCAGCAGAAGCAGCAGCACAAAGCCUCCGGCACAAGGUGCGUUGUGCUGGAGCCAGGAGAGGAGGACAGCGAUGAAGAGACAGAUAAGAGAGACAGAAAAAACAGCAAAGCCCCUAAACUUACGCUAGACAGAUUUCUUAAACCUGCUGCUGCUGCUGCUGCUCCUGCACAUACUGCUGCUGGCGAACAGCAGCAGCAGCAGCAACAGCAGCGGGAGAAGCAGGAGAGGGUUGAGGUGGACGUCGAUUCCUUUUUUGCUGCUGCUGUCAGCAAAGAAAUGCUGAAGCAUAAGAAGCAACCUGCUGCUGCUGCGCCUGCUGCUGCUGCUGCGAAUGAAGACAGUGCAGCAGCUGUAAAGGCAGACAAGGGAAAAGCAGCAGCAGCAGCAGCAGCAGCAGCAGCAGCAGCCGGUAUGACCACCAUGGACCUUGACAGAGACGCCAAAGAGGAAGUGUACAUUGAGGACUCCCCCGCCUCUCGCAGCAAAAAGAGGAAGCAGCCAUCUGCUGCUGAUGAAAACAGCAAGUCUGCUGCUGCAGCAGCAGCAGCAGCAGCAACCCAGAAGUCCCCCAAGAAGCCCAAGGCUAAACCCAACACCAGCAGCAGCAGCAGCAGCAGCAGCAGCAGCAGCAGCAGCAAGGUUGCUGGAAAGAAGUUUGUGCUGACGGGCGUGCUGCAGCAGCUAACACGCGAAGAAGCUAUUGAGAAGAUUCUGGCUGCUGGAGGUUCUGUAACAACUGCCGUGUCUGGACGCACGGAUAUGUUGGUGGUUGGGUCUUUAUUAGAAGACGGGAGGCCUGUAGAGAGCGGCAGCAAAUACAGAAAGGCAACAGAGCAGCAGCAGAAAGGCAGCAGCAUUAAAAUAAUAAACGAAGAAGAAUUCUUAUCUUUGCUUGGCGCUCCUGCUGCUGCUGCUCCUGUUGCUGCUACUCCUGCUGCUACUGCUGCUCCUGCUGCUGCUGCUCCUGCUGCAGCGGCUCCGCGCGGUGCUGGCGUCGGAGCGCCGCGGCUCCCAGCAGCAGCAGCAGCAGCAGCAGCAGCACCAGGAGCAGCAGCAGCAACAACAGCAGCAACAGCAGCAGCAGGCAAGACCUUCUCGCUGUGGGUUGAAAAGUAUAGGCCUCAAACAGCAGAAGAAUUUGUCGGAAAUGCAGCAGCCUUCUCCAUGCUGCUGAGUUGGUUAAGAGAUUGGCGUGAUGUCUGUUUAAGAGGUAAACCCUAA